CUUACCACUGCAUAUAAAUGUUUGCCUUUUCUAACUCCUUGAAAAGACUUGCGCCGCGUCUACGUUCCAGAAUUUCGAUCUGCAGAUUCACAAAGCAUUUGCCAACCCUUAUUUCAACCCAUCUGUACUAGAAACAACAAGAAGAAAAAUGGGCGACUUAUCCACAGCACCACCGCCAACAGCGGCGCCCCAGGGUCGGCGCAUCCAGGUGCGGCCCGGGACGCCCGCCGACACCAGCGCCAUAGUCGACAUACACUACGCCGCGUUCGGCGCCGGACCCAUGUCCCCGCUCCUGAGCCCGGGCGGGGUGACCGAGGAAGCCAAGGCAAAGUUCGGCGCGAGGAUCUUCCCCCAGCCGGAAGAAGGCAAGGAGGGGAGCGGCGACGAGGGCGAGCCUCUUGUCUUCGUCGCUGAACUGGUUGGAGAUGACGGCACAGCACCUGAGCUGGUGGCGUUUGCCAAAUGGACCGUAUUCCGCAGGGAGCGGUCGCGUGACCAAUGGGACAUUAAGGGGCCACCCAUGACGAUGGAGAUGCUCGGGGAGGGGUCUGAUCCCGAGGUUUUCAACGCCUUUAUUGGCCGCAUGCAAGAUUACAAAAGGGAGGACAUCCAGGGACAGAGACAUCUACACCUCGGCAUCCUCGCCUGCAGUCCAAAAUACCACCGACUCGGUGCGGGCGGCGCUCUGCUGAGGCUCGGGUUUGAGCUAGCCGACGCCGAGGGCCUGCCGACCUUCUUGGAGUCGUCUCCCGAAGGCUACAACCUGUACAAGCGGAACGGGUUUGAGGACCGGUGGGCAUUCGAUCUGGAAGUCACCCAGAGGUGGGGGGUAACCCCGCAGCCUGGGGUAAACUGGGGUCACCAAAACGGCGUCGAGCACUGCGGUCCUUGCGCCGAGGGCGGCUACCGGACUGUGGGAAUGAUGAGGCCGCCCAAGAGCACGUAAUAGGAUGCUCUAGUUAUGACCUGUUCGACCAAUGAAUGGCAUUGUGGUGUUUGGGAGAAGGAAGAACUGAGUGGAGCUUUGAAUUUUCGAGCAGGGGAUUGGACCAGAUGAGAAUCUUUGGUAAAGUGGUAGCGACGGGACACUCCAGCUAACAAAAUAAUCUUAAAUCUUUUCCACA